AAUAUCUUCCAAUCGAAAAGCGUCAUAGUAAAAUUACGCAAGGUAGAAUUUCGAGUCCUAUAUAUAGACCUUACAUUCCUUCCCAUUUUUCUUCACCCAACCAAACGAAAACAAUGGAAGCCAUUUCUUCUAAGCACCUUCUCACAAAUCUCUUGGUGAUUUUUUCUUGUAGUUUGGUCACACUCUGUGCCAACACAGGCACUGAAAGACCACAUCAACAAGCUAGCACAGUGUUCAUCAGAACAUCUUGCAGUUCCACCACUUAUCCAAGACUCUGCUAUAGCUCCUUAGUGAGGCAUGCAGAGUUGAUCCAAACAAACCGUGUGGUUUUGACCGGCACGGCCCUUAACGUGAGUCUUGCAUCGGCCAAAUCCACCGCGGCGGUGAUAUCGACGAUGGCCAAGAGGCAGGGGCUGAAGCCCAGAGAGGCUGCAGCCAUGAAAGACUGCGUGGAGGUGCUGAAUGACUCGGUGGAUGAACUCAGAAGGUCCAUUGAUGGGAUGAGUCAUCUCAGAAGCUCCAAUUUUGAGAUGACCAUGAGCGACGUACAGACAUGGGUCAGUGCUGCUUUGACUGAUGAGAACACUUGCACAGAUGGAUUCCAAGAGAUCGCCGCCGCCGCCACCACCACCGCCACCGUUGGUGGUGGUGGCUCAAACACGAAGACCCGUGUCAGAGGACUGGUUGUGCAGGUUGCCCAAUUGACCAGCAAUGCCUUGGCUUUGAUUAACCAACUCGCCAAUCACGGUUAACUACCUUAUCAUCUUCAAACUCCUCCAUUACAUGUUUUACGACAAAUUCCAUUUUAGAAACCGAUUAAAUUUAAGGUACAAGAAGCAAAUAACAGGUUGUGGUGUUGAAUUUCGGUGCAAUAUUCAAAUAUGUACAAAGCAAUUAGUUGAGAGAUUUAUGUCAGUUACAAAGUGUAAGUGCCACGUGCCAACCACUGGCUGGACUAAUUCUGGUGCUGGGAAUUGGGUUCUUGUAAUUGUCUAUUUUUUUUUUCUUUUUCUUGGUGAACUAUUUGUAUAAUUAUUAUAGAGUGAAGUUCGUAUGAGAAUAUAGAGAUUUUCAAUUAUACGUGUUCA